AUGCCCGCCCGCCGCAGUCGGCGGUUCGAAAUGGCCCGCGCGUUUCAGACACUCUCCGCUGAGGAACUUGCCUCAAUCGACGAAGACAUCGACAAGGCAAAACUGUAUGACCUUGACAAGCAUUGCUCGCAGGUGCUGGAACUAGACGCUUUGAAGGACACAAAUUAUGCUGGUAGGGACGAAAUGCGUCGUAUCCUGGAGGAGAAUAUUCAGGAAGAUGUCAACACCGAGUGGAUGCUCCAGAUGGAUUUGAUUCUCAAGCUCGUGUUUAGCUGCGGCUAUCGGCCUGGAGCUCUUGGACUGUCAGGAGAUCGGUCUGUGAAGUGGGAGGACAUCCAAAUUUCUUGCUCAAAUUCGCUCAAUUUCCGCACCGUGAUCACCAAUUCAACCCUCCAAGACCGCCCCAAUAUUCCACACAACAGGCUUGUACUUCGACUUGAAAGCCCGAAUAGACCAGAGAACGUCGUCUUCGACAUCGCUAUUCCUCUCCUUUGCCUAGCAUUGCUCAGAAACGGUAUCAAGAACAUCAAGACCCUGGAUCAGCUUAUAGCUUGUAAUUCUGGCAACAUCGAGUGGGAAAGCAAGUUUGUGCACCAAGCGGUUUUAUUUGCUGGUGGGGACCAAGGGUGCAUCCAGGACGAGGUCAUGACGGCACAAGAUGUGGAAGAUGUGCUUCGUGUUGCUGGGCGACGUGUUGGCUUUGAAGACUUUUCGACUUAUCUACUUCGUCGCAAUCUUGACCAGUCUGCAUUCCCUCUGGGCAUGAUCUCUGUAGGCGAGGCACGAAAUCUCAUCUCUCGCAGCAAUGGCACUUUUCGCGUCGGCGCGCAGCCAGAACAUCUCAAACGAAGGAAUCGCAUUGCUCCUUACUCUGUCCCGUUAUCCAAGACUGGUUUUUCUGACGAAGAAUGUCGUGAACACCCUGACUGGAUCACAUUCACCCAACAGCCCGAAUACCGGUUGCGCGAACAGAAGCUGGCUGAGUUGAAAGCCAUCGUUGACGAAGGACUCGCCAAAUGCCGCUGGAAUUCCACAGCAGCGAUCAUCACUCGGUUUGAGCGGGAACUGCGGAAUGAACCGCACUAUACGACGGCGAUCAAGAACUAUCGAAAGCAACAUGAACUGCAUACCAGCUUAAUUCGGAGCAAGCUGAGUACGAUCCGGGAGCUGCUUCGUCAAACUGCCAACGACAAACAACUGCAAGAACCUUCUGUCCCGUUGGAAAUUGUUGCAACGCCCCCGGUUGCAUCUGGAUCGAAUCUCAAGGAUCAAGACGAAGACGUGGCUGUAGAGAACCUCAUUGACAUGAAUUGGGAGGAAAUCAACGAGAGGGUGGGCUCAGGAGAAGAAAACAUUGUGGAGAUCAGAGCGGCGUUGAUGAAGAAGCUUUUUCAGUGUGGCGUCAGACGCUGUAACAAGUGUCAAUGCGACCCAACGACGUCUGAAGCAGAUAAGACCAAAGUGUACACAUACGACGACGUCGAGCAGCACGAAAACCAACAGGACUUCCAUCAUCCGAAGAAUCAGUGUCUUCGCUGGUUCCAUACACACAAAACAUGCUUUUUGUGCACCAGGGACGGCGAGACAGUCGGCUUGGGCUCCGCUUCCUCCCACCGCCGCCAUCUCCGCGACGUCCAUUCCGAAGAUUCUAGACUUGGGCACGCACCUGCGAUCAACCUCAUCCCGGUCUCGUUCCCCGACUGGUACUUGACUCCAGAAGAAUACGCAGCAAAGGAGAAGGCAUGGGCGGCGUGGGUCAACAGCAUACCCUUUCCGGAGGGCUACAUCCAGACGGAGGAGGAGAUGUGGGAGAGAUUGAAGGACAUUCGGGUUCCAAAGGUCGACAUUAGUGGCAUGGACAUUUCCCAGUACAUCGACGUUCGCAAGGUCAACGAGGCUUACAAGAAACGAGUCCGGUUGAGCAAAGCCGAAUUCCAGUGGGUGUAUGACGGACCAUCGUACGAGUAUGAACAUUAA